UCAAGCGACAAGUAAUAAUUCAGAUCGACUUCUCCGCAAUUAAGAAUUAAACAAUUUGACACUCUACAGAUUUUUGAAUACUUGAGGACUCAGGUGAAAAAUAUAAGAAUAUUAAAGUAAACAAAUAUAAAUAUAAAUAAAGUGUAAAAGUAUAAAAAGCGCAAAAUAAUAAGCAAAAAAAAAACUGUGUUAACAAACAGCAUAGAAAUUAGUUCAAGCUUCCUUCUUGGCUUAAGUGCUGUUUGAACAGAAACAAUAAAAAUUUUAACAAACCAAAAUCAGUAAGCACUGGGUAGCGAAAAAAUACAAAAAAAUCGAAAUAUAAUUAUUUUACGAAACUGUGUUUCAUCCAUUUGACAUACAAACAUCGUCGUUAAUAAUUGCUGGACGAAACUACUCUGCGAGAACAAUUUUGCGCGCCAGCCACCUAAACGCCACAACGGAUGUGUUAGCUCAUUAAAUGCGGCGCUGCUGAGGAAACAGAAAUUUGCAUUAACGACAUUGGUUUAUACUCGUACAAACAUACAUACACGCAAUUUUUCGAUUUAUGCGAUUACCUAACACAAACAAAUAAAAAACGAAAACGAAGGAAAAGUUUUAUAGAACCAAUAAUAAUAAAGAAAUUAACAGUUAUACUCUACUUUUAAGUUAAAUUUGAAAAAAGUUGUACGAACCAGUUGCAAACAAUGCAGCCUCUAAAACGUUUCACACAAUGCGGCAGUCUGACUAUGCUAUUUGGCGUUUUCAUUGUACUCUUCGGUGUCAGCUCAACAGCUUUGACAACAUUUGGCAAGACGAAUAGUGACAAACCAACACCAACACCAAUCAUCAAAGGCAAGGAGUGCAAUACCCACGAUGAGUGUCUAACGAUAGAUAAAACCAGCUGCGUCAAGGACCCCAACGACUAUAAGCAUCGCUGCCUGUGCGGUGACGAUUCAACGCCGGUUAAUGGGCAUUGUCAGGAUGUACUAAAAGGUUUGCGUCACAAAUGCAACAGCAGCAACGAAUGCGAGGAUGGUUUGGUUUGUCAAUUUGAAAGUGUCAAUCGUACAAUUAGUGUGGCUAAAUUCAUUUCCAAAACAAAACUUUGUCUUUGCGAUAAUGAGAAUGGAUUUUUCGAGGAUGUUUUAAAAGACAUUUGCAGUGGCGCCUCGCUACGAACAAUUGCAAACAUUUUGUUCUCUCUGCUCUCCACAGUGGCGCCGUUCUUUGUCUAUGCACGCAUGAAGCCGCAUUUCUAAAUGGAUCAACAGUGAAGCUAAUAUUUUUAUCUUCAAUACAAAUUGUGAUUAAAAAAAAUUUUUGUUAUUAUUUA